CCCUGUCCUUUAGUUAUUUACUCUGUAUUUCCCCCCACCACUCUGCCCCAGUUUCCUGCCUGCCCACCACAGCUUUACGUUUCCAAAACGUUCACUCUCACAAUUAAUAGUCUCGUUCUCGAUUCCCCACUUCCCACCGUCUUCCUCUUCCUCUCUCUGCCCAGAGAAAAGCUCUGAAGUCUGAUCCAGUUCCUUUUCGCCCCUGUUUUCCCACCCAGAGAAACAAACACCUGCUGGAAGUAACAUGGAUCAGUCUCCGUUGCUGGAGAAGCUACAACAGCUACCGCCGCCACACGAUGACUACAAAGUAGCAGAGACGACAACAAAUCCAAGCAGCAGAUUAACAGGGCGGAGGAAGAAAAUGGAUGUCUUGCUUGACCAGCUCAAGAAGGUGACCCGAAUGGCCGCUCCCAUGGUCGUCGUCUCCGUCACCCAGUACCUCGUCCAGGUCGUCUCGCUGAUGAUGUCCGGACACCUCGGCGAGCUCUCCCUCUCCGGCGUCGCCAUCGCCACUUCCUGCACCAACGUCACCGGCUUCGCCCUCCUGUUCGGAUUGGCAGGAGCGCUCGAAACGCUGUGCGGACAAGCGUACGGGGCGGAGCAGUACUGGAAAUGCGGGACCUACACCUACGCCUCCAUCAUCUCCCUCGUCCCGAUCUGCGUCCCCGUCUCGAUCCUCUGGUACUACGUCGACGACAUCCUCGUUUCGAUCGGGCAGGACCCGGAGAUCGCGAGCGUGGCCGGGCAGUACGCCGUCUGCCUGAUCCCUGCUCUGUUCGGCGACGCUGUCUUGCAGCCGCUGAACCGGUACUUCCAGUCCCAAGGGCUGACGCUCCCGAUGCUGCUGAGCUCCGUGGCCGCGCUCUGUGGUCACGUGCCGGUCUGUUGGGCUCUGGUGUACAAGUUUGGGCUCGGGAACGUUGGGGCCGCUCUGGCGAUUGGGCUGGCCUACUGGUUCAAUGCCGGGCUGCUGGUUCUGUACAUGAGGUGGGCUGGUUCGUGCGAGAAGACACGUGGGAUGUGUUGGGAUGAUUUGGGGGCGAGUGUGACGGAGUUCUGGAGGUUCGCUCCUGACAACUACAUCGCUUCACUACUAUGUGCAAUAUGGAAUUGGAGCGGCGGCCAGCACUGGGGUGUCGAACGAGCUGGGGGCAGGGAAUCCAGAGAAAGCCAAAGCAGUGAUCCAAUCGGCGGUGGGGAUUUCGAUUCUGGAGGCGGCAAUCGUCAGCACCACGCUCUUCUGCUGCCGCAGCUUCUUCGGCUACGUUUUCAGCAACGACAAGGCGGUGGAGCGUACUACGGCGUCGGGAUGCCGGUGGCGGUGCUGAUGUGCUUCGUCUUCCAUCUCGAAGGGAAAGGCCUGUGGGUAGGGAUACUGACUGCAUCCACUCUCCAAGCUGUUUUGCUUGCUUUCAUCACUGCCUUCACCAAUUGGGAUCGACAGGCAGAGAAAGCCAGAGAGAGGAUAUUUGAUGGGAAUAUAAUUUUGCCAGCAUAAUUGAGGCGUGACAGGAAGAAAAAAAAAAGCAUAAAAGUCUUUAAAAGAGAGAUGCUCAGAAGUCAGAAAUAAUAGUGUCCAUUAUCCAUUUAUCCGUGAUGUGCAAUUUUGAUUAAACAAUAAUUAUUGAUGAUGAAGAAGCCCCGCGGAUCCAGACGAGGCGAUCAAUUAGGCUUAAAUAUACAAUCCAAAAAGUAUAAUAUUAGAUUAUUGGAUUACACGCACAACACAAUCAAAGCAUUCUCCCAAGUAUUUAUAUUUCCAGUAUAAAUUUGGCAUGGACCUCUGCCUUUUAGUUUACACCUUUACUCAGGCAGCAUGAGGAUGAUUUGAUUUAUGGGAAAAUUGAUUGGAUUUUGAGUGAAAAUCACUCCGAGAGCAAUCAACUGGAACAUAAUCUGGUUCUAACAACUAGUUGGUUUCGAUAGCCAGUUGUUGAUAAAUUUAUUAUGAUCGAUGGAUCGAAAAAGAUUCACAAUUUCACUCCACCGCAGGGGAGGAUCUUGAUUCGCGAGUCGAUUGUCAAAUAUGUACUUUGAUUAUUUUCGAGUCGAUUCAAUUAACGGGUGUAGCACCAUGCUCGACGUGUAUGUCAUUAUCAUGUAUGUUUUAUUCAAUUUUUUUUAAUAUAGUUCUAGCC